AUGAGAACUGUGUUCCUUUUCUCUGUUCUUCUCCUCUUUGUGGCCCUGAUACCACCAGCCAGCAAUAGUAUGUACCAUGGUUCAAGACUAUGUGUUCAGCUGCAAGGUGUCUGCAGAAAAGACAGUUGCAAUACAAUAGAAGAGAGGAUUGGUCACUGCACAACAUACAAACCAUGCUGUCGAAAGUGGUGGUUAUCAUCAUUUAUGCCAACACCCGAACCCAUGUGA